AUGCACUAUACUUGUAAUGUAGAUAAUGAAUCCGAAAAGCACAAACCAAUGGUCGUUCUGGACUACAAUGCCCAUAAAUCUGGGGUGGAUACCAUGGAUCAAAUGCUCGGUACAUAUUCAUGCAAACGAUCCACAAAACGCUGGUCGCUUGCAAUGUUCUACAAUAUGGUAGAUAUUGCCGCGUUAGCCGCAUUUAUAAUAUAUGACGAAAUGGAUCCAAUUAAAAAAUCUGAUAAGCGACGAUCGUUCUUAAAAUUACUAACGAAACAACUAGCGAUUUCAAAUAUUGAAGACCGCGCCACUAACGCACGCAUAACUUGCUAUCCCAACAUUCGUAAUGCUAUGGAAGCAUUUGAUGUAAAGGUAUAUCCAAAAUUAAAUUCUCAUGCAACUAGAUAUGGAAAUAUGUGCUAA